UGUGCGAUCGACAGAAAACUUUCACUUGUGUAAUAGCGUUUUUAACCAGAAGUAAAUCAAAAUGCCGAAGAAAGGCAAAGGAACCAGAAAAUCGCGUGAGAAUGAUUCAGACGACGAUGUGAAACUUGAAGAUAAAAUGAAAAAUUUGACAGCUGGUGACGGUGUUGAUUUACAAGAGACUGAUGAUGCUACAAAAACAAAGGCAAAGAAGAAGAAGAAAAGCAAGAUGGAGAGAUUGAAAGAAGAAAUGGCCGAAGCUGAACGGGAGAAACUGGCAGCAUCCCAGAAUGCCCAGCCGAGCGAUGAAGAUGAAGCCGAUGUUGUGGAGAACGGUGAUGAGGCGAAGGAUGCUGUGUCCGAUGAAGACGAAGUGAACCGAGAUUUUAUUGGAGCCACUGGACAGGAUGAGAUGGAGGAAGAAAAUACUAUUGAAAUUGAAGUAAAACCAAAACUGAGCAAGAAGGAAUUGAAAAAAUUGAAGAAGCAGGCCGAGUAUAAACAACAGCUGGAGGAAAUGGGAGACACUGGACAGUUUUCUGUGUCACAGGCCGAGCGAUCCUCCAAGGCAGCUGUGUUAGAAAACGAACAGGAUAUAAAGGUUGAAAACUUUGGUAUAUCUGCCCGUGGAAAGGACUUGUUUGUCAAUGCCACUCUUCAGAUUACGAACGGAAGACGCUAUGGCCUUGUAGGUCCAAAUGGGCAUGGGAAGACAACUUUAUUGAAGCACAUAGCCAGUAGAACUCUGAACAUUCCAGCCAACAUUGAUGUUCUUCUAUGUGAACAAGAUGUUGCGGCAAGUGAGAUGAAGGCGAUAGACUCUGUGCUAAAGGCAGAUAAGAAGCGAAUUGAUUUGUUAGAAGAAGAAAAGAAACUGAUGGACGAAACCAAUUCUGGGAACACCGAUAACAGUGAACGCUUGAAACAUGUGUAUGAAGAACUGCGAGCGAUCGGUGCCGAUGCGGCGGAAUCAAGGGCUCGGAGAAUUCUGUCUGGUCUGGGCUUCACGCGUGAGAUGAUGGAGAGAUCCACAAAGGAUUUAUCUGGGGGCUGGAGAAUGAGAGUCUCACUCGCCAGAGCUUUGUUUAUGGAGCCUACACUUCUGCUGCUUGACGAACCUACCAACCAUCUUGAUCUUAAUGCUGUUAUUUGGUUAGAUAACUAUCUCCAGCAGUGGAAGAAGACCCUGUUGAUCGUGUCUCACGACCAGAGUUUCCUCAACAACGUUUGCACUGACAUCAUCCACCUCGACAUGAAGAAACUCUUCUACUACCGUGGAAACUAUGCCACAUUCAAGAAGAUGUUGGUUCAGAAGAGAAAAGAACAGUUGAAAGAAUAUGAAAAGCAGGAGAAAAGAAUAAAGGAUUUAAAAUCUUCUGGAUCAUCCAAAAAGAAAGCAGAGGAGAAGCAGAAGGAGGCACUGACGAGAAAACAAGCGAAAAACAAAGCCAAGCAGUCUGCGUUUGCAGAGGAGGAGAAGAAAACCGAGUUGCUUGCCAAGCCAAGAGAAUACACCGUCAAGUUCACCUUCCCCAACCCGACACCGCUAAACCCCCCGAUCCUCGGAGCACACGAUGUGACGUUUGCAUAUGAGGGCCAGCGUCCCAUAUUUGAAAAUCUCGAGUUUGGUAUUGAUAUGGACUCCAGAAUUGCGAUGGUCGGUCCUAAUGGAGUAGGGAAGAGUACGUUACUCAAGUUACUAGUCAAGGUUUUAGAGCCGCAAAAAGGAGAAAUCAGAAAGAACCACAGAGUGAGGAUUGGAAAAUAUGAUCAACAUUCUGCUGACCAGCUCAACAUGGACGAGACACCGAUUGAGUAUCUGCAGAGAUUAUUCAACAUGCAGUACCAGGACAGUCGAAAGAUGCUAGGAAGAUUUGGCUUAUCGAGCCACGCCCACACAAUCCCAAUCCGCGACCUCUCCGGGGGUCAGAAGUCACGGGUCGCUCUCGCUGAUCUGUCGUGUCGUGCUCCAGAUGUUUUAAUAAUGGAUGAACCGACCAACAACCUGGAUAUAGAGUCGAUUGAUGCACUCGCCGAGGCUCUCCGUGAAUUCAAAGGAGGUGUGAUAAUCGUGAGUCACGAUGAGCGUCUGAUUCGAGAGACGGAGUGUCAGCUGUGGGUCGUGGAGAACCGCACCAUCAACGAGGUGGACGGAGACUUUGACGACUACCGCCGCGAACUGCUCGACGCACUCGGGGAGGAGAUUGCCAAGGCCAGCCCCACCACAUGACCUUCACCUUAGGAAAACGACCUUCAGAUUAACAUGUUAACUCAAUCAAAAUGUGCAAAUGAUGGGCGAUACUGGUUUCAGUGUAUGUGUUGUAAGGAAUAAUAAUACACAAUGGUGACGUUGUAAGGAAUAAUAAUACACAAUGGUGACGUUGUAAGGAAUAAUAAUACACAAUGGUGACGUAAGGAAUAAUAAUACACAAUGGUGACGUUGUAAGGAAUAAUAAUACACAAUGGUGACGUUGUAAGGAAUAAUAAUACACAAUGGUGACGUUGUAAGGAAUAAUAAUACACAAUGGUGACGUUGUAAGGAAUAAUAAUACACAAUGGUGACGUUGCCAGCAAGGCUACCUCUGGCACUCGCCAAAUUUGCUUUUUGCGAAUUUCAAAAACAACUGAUAAAUUUUAUUUUAAUUUGACGAAAUAAUUUGAAGUAAUAAAUAAUAUUUUGUUAUAAAAUAAGUGGAGUUUUGCGGUUUAUGAACCCUAAUAGAUACUUAGGCAAAAUUUUCUGCUGACCCACAGCUUGCCCUGGUCCUUUAAAAAUUAAAAUAAAAAGUAUGCAUAAAUUAUUUAUGUAUUACGCCGACAACCUUCCGAGUGACCUAUUUAUUUUGGUGUAACCCUUUGCAUGCCUUUAAGAAUUUUAAAGAUUUGUGGAAACCGUUUACGGGUUAUUCGCAAAAAAAAUACAGGUAACCCAUUUUAUUUUAAGUAAACUUAUUAUGACCAUGCAACUGGUGUCCAAAAUUUAAUAUAUAUACGAAAAAAUAAGUUAAGCAAAAUCAGUCUUAUGCAAACCAUAGGAGAACGAAAUGACUGCGUAAUAUUCAGUUUCUGAUAACAAAAAGUAAUUAUCUGUGAUAUAAAACUCAAGCAAACCGAUAGGCUGCAUUUUUAUCUUUGCUUGUCGAAACGUAUCACAUAUGGAAUAUUUCUGCACUGCAGUGAUAAUAUUGUAUAUAUUACAUGCAGAAAGUCGCUAUUAUUAAUAUAUUACUUUCAGAGAUGUACAUGUAGAGUGUGGUGGCAAUGUGUUGCAUACUAGACGUGAUUGAUAUGGCUAGGUCACGAUACAAUACAUAUCCAUAUACGUUGGUCCAGAUAUGGCACUGGUGUUAGUUGUUAGGCAGUAUAAAAUAUCUUUGGAAAUUAAACACAUCAAUUACAACGUCUAGCUUAAGUUUCCAAUUUGAGCAAAUCUGAUGUUUUGUGGUAGCUCAGAUGUAUUUUUAAAAAAUCAUGAAGGCUACCUAGAGAAUUAAGGCAUCUUAAGUAUUGCAAUGCAGAUGCCAUAAAUUGAUGUAUCGUAUCAUGGGCUAACUGUUGUGAUUCGAUAUUGUAUUGCCAUGCAGAUGCCAUAAAUUGAUGUAUCGUAUCAUGGGCUAACUGUUGUGAUUCGAUAUUGUAUUGCAAUGCAGAUGCCAUAAAUUGAUGUAUCGUAUCAUGGGCUAACUGUUGUGAUUCGAUAUUGUAUUGCCAUGUAGAUGCCAUAAAUUGAUGUAUCGUAUCAUGGGCUAACUGUUUUGAUUCGAUAUUGUAUUGCCAUGCAGAUGCCAUAAAUUGCUGUAUCGUAUCAUGGGCUAACUGUUGUGAUUCGAUAUUGUAUUGCCAUGUAGAUGCCAUAAAUUGAUGUAUCGUA